AUGUCAUGGAGCGGGAAUGGGCACGCCGGAUGCUGCGGCAGCGGUGGCUGUCAGAUCUACACGACAUGCCUGGAAAACACGUCAACUAAUGACGAGCUCGCCAGGAUCUGCUGCGCCGAGUCCAGAACUACCAUCCCCGUCUCGAUGGACACAUCUACUGGCACACGGCCCCCAACCAGUGCAACUUCAGGCAAUCCCAGCACAGCCCGUUCGACCCGUACCAGUGACGGAACGGGAGCUCCCCAGCCAACGUCCUCUGGCAAUGACAACACGCCUGGGCUGGGUCUCGAAAGCGACUUGGGAGCCCAGGAGAGAAUGAAAGCCGCCGUAGGGUCAGCAAUCCUAGGAGGCGUCCUGCUCGGCUCCUUUCUGCUGUUCGGGUGCUUCUUCAAUCCGCCAGGAUCGGAUGGGGCCAAUGAAGAAAACCAGCCUUCGCCUCCUCCUGGCGAGAACGCCGGGCUCUUGGGGGGUGGCCAGGAGAUGCACACCCCGGUAUCUACCGUAUCGCACUCCACCGUAUCAGAUGGCAUAUUCUACGGACAACAGCCGAUACUUGUGGGGAGGGGCCAGGAGAUGCACUCUCCUGUGGCUAGCAAAGCGGAGGCUAGAUUCUACCAGCAGCAGCCGAUAAUCUAUAGCCCACAGGUAGAUUAUGCCUGA